UUUCGGUGUAAGCAUGUUAUCGCAGUGUUUCUGUUGGAGCUUUUCCACUUGUUCUUAUUCACCCAUCCACCACCACAACCCUAACCGUUAUACAAACAAAAAACAACAACAACCCUUUCUUCUUUUUCUUCGCCUAAGACAACCCAAACCCAAAUCCUCUCCUUUUAAGCUCACUUGUCUUGGAACUGGAGCUGGAACUGGAACUGAAUUAUUCGAUCAAAUUUCGCAACUUGCCCACAACAAGGUUUUAGUUGCAGCUGGUAUUUCUGCUGCAAUUGGACAGCUCUCUAAGCCCUUCACUUCUAUCUUACUCUAUGGUAAAGACUUGGAUUUCAAGGCUGCCUUUCAAGCUGGAGGCUUCCCUUCUACUCAUUCCUCUGCGGUGGUAGCUACUGCAACAAUCAUUGCCUUGGAAAGGGGUCUCUCAGAUUCAAUUUUUGGCCUUACAGUUGUUUAUGCUGGCCUUAUUAUGUAUGAUGCACAGGGUGUGAGAAGAGAAGUAGGAAAUCAUGCAAAAGUCCUGAAUAAAGUGCUGGCCAAAAUACACGUUAAUUCAGUUCACACUAAGGAUAGAGAAAAUAUGAUUGAUUCUCAACCAGGAACAUCAUUGCCAGUAAGUUUGGAGAGACUUGGGCCCCAUGUGUCUGAGGAAGCAAGUUCUUUUACAUCAAAAUCAACAAAUUCUCCUUUAUUACUUAGAUCAGAUGACAAAAUGAGGCAAAAUAAUCAGGCGGUGUUGUCUUCUGGCUCAGCAGCCAAUGUUGAAGAAGGAAUAGAAAGAACUAUAGAGAAUUUAAUUUCUCUAAAAGAAUCAAUUGGCCAUACUGAGGUUGAAGUCAUAGCUGGUGCCUUGCUUGGUUUCUUUGUUAGCUUGGCUUUAUAUACAAUAAUAUGAUACAGUAUUAUGUUGUAUACUUCAUUAUUUUUCCCUAUAUUCUUUUUCUUAGGCAUCUAGUGUUCAAAAUCA